CCUACAGACCCCUUACCACCCAAGCCAGUGGUGCAGCUCACUGCUACUCUCCAGCUGCCUAAUGGACUCACCCUGGAAGUCCCCAUUACGAUUGACUCAGGGAGCAACGCAGACUUCGUGGGGAUGCAGUUCAUCAGGCAGCAUCGCAUAGCGCUACUACCAGCCACGCUGCCUCUGAACGUGGUCACCGUGGAUGGCAGGAAGUUGCUGGGUGGGCAAGUGGUACAACAGAUGCCACCCAUGCUGCUGAAAAUUGGGAAUCAUCGCGAGGUCAUCAGUUUCAAUGUCACCCAACU